AAUGCUCGACAUACUUUUACAAUACGCUCCCAAUUGGACCGAACACGCAACAUGGCUUGUAAUCGUUGCUUUCAUUUUUGCAUUUUUCGUAUCUUAUGGAAUGGGUGCCAAUGAUUCUUGUAAUGAUUGGGGUCCAGCAGUUGGUGCUGGAACAGUAACACUGCCUCAAGCAUACUUCUUAUCAGGAAUUCUGAAUGUGGCUGGAGCAGUUUUACUAGGAUACAAAGUCAUCGAAACUCUGCGAACAGGAAUAAUUGAGUUCGAUAUAUUUGAUGUUUAUGCACAAUACAAUGAAACAACACAUCAAUACGACACUGUGGAUCACUGCGGAAAUGCGACACUUAUUGGUGGAUGGAAGGCUCCAGAUAUCCUUCCAGGAGCUGAACCACUUGAAUGUGCCAAGUAUACUUCGAUAGAUUUUAUGCUCACUCAGACAGCAUCUCUUGCUGGUGUCGCAGCAUUCAUGAUUUUAUCGUCUUGCUUCAAAAUUCCAGUAUCAGCAACGCAUGCAAUUGUUGGGGCUUCUGUUGCAACAUCUUUCUAUAUUCGAGGAAAUGUUGGGAUCAAAUGGGGAGAAAUAAUAAAUAUAGUCGUUUCGUGGUUUAUUUCUCCAAUCAUUGCCGGAACAAUCGCUGCGACAAUGUACUAUAUUAUCAAAUAUUCAGUACUAAUUCGUCAAGAUACAUUCAAAUGGGCACUUCGACUUUGUCCAAUUUUCAUGUGUUUCACUCUUGUUGUCAAUCUUUAUGCCUGCAUUUAUGAUGGAUCAAAGUAUCUCGGUCUUGAUAGACUUGAUGCCAUUGAAGCGUUCUUAAUAUCGGUAGCUAUUGGAGUUACUGGAUGGGCAAUUUUGACGUUUCCAUUGAGAAAUUGGCUUCCGAACAGAGCCCAUCGGCUUUAUGAUAAGGAAACCGUCAAGAUGCAAAGAAGAAUGGAAGCUGGAAAAGCUACAAAAAGCCACAAAAUCAAAGAUAUGCGAGAACCAGAUGUUGCUGACAACAUUAAAGAACUUCCAUGGUACAAAUAUCUUUGGGCGUAUGUUCCAGAAGAUCGUCUAACUAAAAAAGUGUUUAAUACUCUUCAAAUAAUCUCAUCAUCAAUGCUCUCCUUCACUCAUGGAGCCAAUGAUACUGGAAACACAAUUGCACCAUUGCUUGCCAUUUGGCUUUGCUAUGAGUCCGGUUAUGCAUUUGGAAAUGCCGAAACUCGAGAUGAUACUCAAAUGCUUCUUGCAUAUGGAUCAUUGGCAAUGAUUGUUGGUUUUGUGACACUUGGACAUAGGACAAUCAAGUUAUUAGCUCAUGAAAUGACUGUAGAUAUGUCACCAAUAUCUGGAUUUUGCAUCGAAGUGGGAACUGCAUUCACCGUUCUCAUUUGCGUUAAAUUUGGAAUUCCGAUCUCUUCAACUCAUUGUACUGUCGGUGCAGUAGUUUUUGUUGGAAUGGCCAAAUCAACAAGUGAAGGAGUUUCAUUUGGAACAUUCAGAAAAAUAUGUUUCUUUUGGCUUCUCUGUUUCCCAAUGUCUGCAAUUAUUGGAAUCGGAGCAACUAUCAUUCUCCAGCAAUUUCUUUAGAUUGUAAAUGUUUCUUUUCGUGUUUUUUUUAUUUGUACUGAAACGGGUUGUUCGAAUACUUCAUUCCGUUAAUUUAUCCAACUGAAUGUAUCUGAAAUUUUUACUUACAACAAUAAAAAUUAUCUGAAAUUA